UGUAACAGAGCAGCUAAAGAAGCACACAGUACAUUUAUGCUGAGGUGUGUUGACCUUUUUUUAUAUUCCCAGAUGUAAGGUAGAUAAGAAAGCCUUCAGUCAUUUUCAGUAAGUUUAAUUAUCCCAUCUUUGUUAGAUCUCUACCCAUGGUUUGAUCAUUAUAAGUUACUGUAUUUCUUUUCACAACUUGAUCUGCAAAGGGUGGGGCAUAUAGACCAUUGGAAAGUCUUUAAGGCUGUGAGUCAUAUUGCAGAAGGCAGAACUUUUGAGUCAGGCUAUUUAUCUGACUGCAUAAGAUGCUAUUAUUUAUAGCAGACAGAGUCAAAUGUCUGUCCGAAAAAGUCUCUGUUUGCUGAGAGUAGAACCAAUAAAAAGACAGGAUGGGCACUGAUAGAAAAGUUAUUAAAUGUAAAGCAGCUGUGCUCUGGGAACAGAAGCAACCCUUCUCCAUUGAAGAAAUAGAAGUUGCCCCACCAAAGGCUAAAGAAGUUCGUAUUAAGAUUUUGGCCACAGGAAUCUGUCGGACAGAUGACCACGUGAUAAAAGGAGAAAUGGUGUCUAAGUUUCCAGUGAUUGUGGGACAUGAAGCCACAGGGGUCGUGGAGAGCAUUGGAGACGGAGUCACCACAGUGAAACCAGGUGACAAAGUCAUCCCCCUCUUUCUGCCUCAGUGCAGAGAAUGCAGUUUUUGUCGCAACCCAGAUGGCAACCUUUGUGUAAGGAGCGACAUUACUGGGCGUGGAGUCCUGGCUGAUGGAACCACCAGAUUCACGUGCAAAGGCCAACCAGUCUAUCACUUCAUGAACACCAGUACAUAUACAGAGUACACAGUGGUGGAUGAGACUUCAGUUGCUAAGAUCGAUGAUGCAGCUCCUCCCGAGAAAGUCUGUUUAAUUGGAUGUGGAUUUUCCACUGGAUAUGGGGCCGCUGUCAAAACAGGCAAGGUCACCCCUGGUUCGACUUGCGUGGUCUUUGGCCUGGGAGGAGUUGGCCUUUCGGUUAUCAUGGGCUGUAAGUUGGCUGGUGCAUCCAGGAUCAUUGGGAUUGACCUCAACAAAGACAAAUUUGAGAAAGCCAUGGCUGUAGGGGCCACUGAGUGCAUCAGCCCUAAGGACUCCCCCAAACCCAUCAGUGAGGUGCUGUCAGAAAUGACAGGAGACACUGUUGGCUACAGUUUUGAAGUUAUUGGGCGUCUUGAAACUAUGAUUGAUGCCCUUGCAUCCUGCAAUAUGAACUAUGGGGUCAGCGUGGUGGUAGGAGCUCCGCCAUCAGCCAAAAUGCUCACCUAUGACCCAAUGCUGCUCUUCACUGGACGCACGUGGAAGGGUUGUGUUUUUGGAGGUUGGAAAAGCAGAGAUGAUGUUCCAAAACUAGUAACCGAUUUCCUGGCAAAGAAAUUUGACCUGGACCAACUGAUAACCCACAUUUUACCUUUUAAACAAAUCAAUGAAGGAUUCGAACUUCUCUACUCAGGGCAAAGCAUUCGCACUGUCCUGACAUUUUAAGGUUCUAAGUGGCAGAAGGUCUGUGCUGUGUGAUGGUGACCUGGAGAUUCCCUGUUCACACUUCCUCUGCUGUUACCGUGGAUCUGUUCCACAGAUACAAGAAGAAAUACAAAAUUUGAUGAAGAUGUAUAAUCUUUAUGAAAUAAGUAUUUAGGGUCUAUGAGCACCUGGGAAUUAGGAGGGGGCUUAGGUCAACAAUAUUAAAAGUUGUAACUUACAUAUUCUAAAGCUAUUAUUAUGUAUUUUGAGACACACACACACAAACACACACAUAUGUGGAUUUUUACGUUGAAAUAGAGAUUUCUUUAAAAAAGGGUUUUACCUAGCUGCCACCACUUAGAGCAGAUUUAGCAUAUAAAGAUAUAGUAUGUACAUUUCCUGCAAUAAUAUUAAUUUUAUGGAUAGUCUUUAAUACACUGUAACCAUUCUCUCUGGAUUCAAAUGUAAAUAUUUUUUUAAAGGACCUGUUACAAAUUAACUUGAAUUAGGUUUUGAAACCAGCUCAUUGCAUGGUACAUUACUUGAUUAGUUUAGAAAAGAAAUAGUGAAAUAUAAGGAAAGGGCACAUUUUUAAAUGAUUAAUUUUAAGAAUCAUCAUUUUAUAACUAGAUGAAACUGAAAAGCAUACUGUAAGGAGACAUUAAUAUUUCAGAAAAUAUGUCUUUUUAUAAUAAUUAAAUAGAAAAGUGAAGCUAGAAUCACACUGUAAUAUAUAUCCUAAUGUUCAGUUCAGUAAAACAGAAACCUAAGUCCCUGAGUCCCUGUUUACUUAGUAGUGACUCCAUUUAACCAAAAAAAAAAAAAAAAUGUUUUUAAUUUGGUACAAUCACAUUGGCAUAUCUAUAUAUAUCUAUCUAUAAUAUACUUAAAAUUCUUAAUAAAAUGUAAGUAUUUUAGCAAAUGAUUUAAGCUUUUAUUGAUGACGAGUAAAGAACUAAAGCACCUGAAGUACAUAUGAAAUACUUUACAAGAAAACUAAGUAAGAUGGACAUAGCAGAGUAUGAAGGUUUCAAUAUAAGAUUGUAAUAUAGCUUGGACAGCCCUGCCUUGAUAGAUUGCAAAAGGUCCAAGUAAUUACAAGUCACUUUUACACAAUGAACAUUUCCCAAUGAAAACUGGCUUGAGGAGUUCCCCCGUGGCGCAGCAGAAAUGAAUCCGACUAGGAACCAUGAGGUUGCAGGUUCAAUCCUUGGCUUUGCUCCAUGGGUUAAGGAUCUGGCAUUGCCCUGA